CACACACAAGGUGAAAGGUCAGAGUUGAAGUCUUCAUACAUGUGAUGUGACAUUGGAAAGGAGCUUGACGGAAAGCUUGGAGAAUGCGGUUAACGGCGCUGCUAGCGAUGGCCGCGCGGGUCAAAGUGCCACCGGGCUACCGCUUCGGCACAAACCGUCCCUGGACGAUUCCUGCACAAAGACUCAAUCCUCCAGGCAAACAAAGAAGGAAGGUGUUUGUCGACCGUAUUCCUCACGAAGAGUGGAACGUCUUCAGGGGUGACACAGUGGAGAUCCUCUCUGGGAAGGACAAGGGGAAGCAGGGGAAGGUUAUACAAGUGUUUCGGAACCGCAACUGGGUCAUUUUGGAGGGACUCAACACGCAUUACAGAUACAUAGGGAAGUCUGCAGACUACAGGGGCACCUACGUCCCCAGCGAAGCCCCUCUGCUGCUCAAAGACAUCUCUCUCGUUGAUCCCACUGACCGGAAACCCACAGAGGUAGAGUGGCGGUUCACGGAAGAGGGGGAGAAGGUGCGUGUGUCCAUCCGCACCGGGCGGAUAAUUCCCAAACCGUUGUUUCAGCGCAAGGACGGCAUAGUGCCCUCACAGUGGAAGGAUGGCCCUAAGGACACGUCACCAGACGACACACUGGAGAAGACGUACACACCCUCCCUGAAGACCUUAGAGGAGGAGGUAAUGGAGAGCAUGGGCAUCCAGGAAACCAGGAGGGCCCACAAGAGCUACUGGUACUGAGGAGCCGAAGGACAUUGUAAACCAUAUGAAUCUGGUUCUGCUCACAUUGGCUGUGUUCGCCUUGGAAGGACAGAGCAGCCCUUCCAGCAUGGCUCAGGCCAUGUAUGUACAGCACAACAGUACAGGAUCUGAAACGUCAAACACCUACCACUGGGGCAGACCUGUGGUCAGACUGCAAAUGGAUCAACUUUCAUGAUGUGUGAUGUGGUCUGGAGCAUUAUGGGUCAUUCCACCUCAUAUUAAGCAAUAUUUGGGGGGCUCACUUUCAUCUUAGAUUUACUUCAAAUUGUUAACAAAUAUUCCUCAAUCAUAAGAAAAAAAAUCUGAAAGUUAGUUGCUGUAUUCCAAGUAGUUUGUGAGAUAUACCUGCAAUAAAUGUUAAAGUUUGGGCUUUAAAGCAUAAAUUUGUUAUGUACGUAGAUGGCUGAAUUUUUUUGUGAGAGUUAACAAGGACACAGAGACCUCCACAGAGCAAAAUUGCACACAGAAAUGAGAAAAUAUAUUACUUUCUGUGGUAUUGGAGUCUGGGAAUAUAUUAGAAAAUGAUGGCCUAAAGAGCUAGUAUGUCAGAUUUGAUCAUAUGAAGGAUUAUUUUCUAACAGUUUGAGGUAUGAGAGUAUAAUGUGAGGCAGAGGCUCAUUCUAGGUGGAAUGACUCUUAUAGUAUCACUCCAGUUCCAAUGUACCCCAAUAAUUUAGGCCAGUUUUAAGUAAUUAUUGACAGGUUGGCUGUUGAGCAUGUCAGUAAAUGGCAGCAAAAUAAGUUGCCCUUCCUUGGUAUCCUACUCAAUCAACCCAUUUGUGUUUUCAGGCAAGUAGCCUUUAUGUAAUGGCAGCAGUUGUCUACUGUUGUUAUAGCUUUAAAGUGUGGAAAAUCAGACAACAGUUGGCCUGUAUUCGUCAUGUACUUUAAAAGUUUGUGUCUAAAGUGAUUAUUUUCCAUACAUGGUAAAAUAAAUAUGUCCCAAAUAAA